AUGGCCGGAGCACUGCCGCGCCGUAUCACAAAAGAAACGGAACGCUUGAUGGCGGAUCCGGUGCCGGGGAUUUCAGCAGUACCGGAUGAUCACAAUGCGCGCUACUUCCAUGUAAUUAUUGCUGGUCCAGAGGGCAGCCCAUUUGAUGGCGGCGUCUUCAAGCUUGAGCUCUUUCUGCCCGAAGAGUACCCAAUGUCUGCCCCGAAAGUUCGCUUCAUGACCAAAAUCUACCAUCCAAAUAUCGACAAAUUAGGACGAAUCUGUUUGGACAUCCUCAAAGGUUUGCCGCUCUACCAUCCUCAUUUAGCUACCAGUAAAAAUUUUUGUAAAAACAUACAAAAACUGUGA